GCCUGCCUUCCUCGGAGGGCGACUCCUCCUCCUGCUGCUGCUGCCCUUCCUAUCCUUCCUUCCUUCCUUCCUCCGCAUCCUCCUCCCGGAGCCAGGCAUCGCCCCCCCGGAGCCUCGCCACGAUGGUCAUCGAGGUCUACAUCGCCUCCUGCUCGGGAUCCACGGCGAUUAAAAAGAAACAGCAAGAUGUGCUCGGGUUCUUGGAAGCCAAUAAGAUUGAAUAUGAGGAGAAAGACAUUGCAGCCAAUGAAGAGAACCGCAAAUGGAUGCGAGAAAACGUCCCGGAAGAGUGCCGUCCAGCCGCUGGGAAUCCAUUGCCACCUCGAAUCUUCAGCGACGGCCGGUAUCUCGGGGAUUAUGAAGCGUUCUUUGAAGCGAGAGAGAAUAACGCCGUAUAUGCUUUCUUAGGCUUGACUGCUCCACCGGGAUCAAAGGAGGCCGAAGCCCUGGCCAAGCAAGAAGCCUGAGUUUUUCUCCCUUCCUAAAGCCUUAAAUAUUCUCCAAAGGGAAACUUCCGCAGCUUUUUAUACAAUAGCAAAAUUGUCUAUGCUUCGAGAAAAAAGGAAAAGAAAUGGUUUUGUUGUUUUUUCCUGAAACGCCGACUGCUGUACACAGCUCUCUGCCAUACAUAAAUACAAGAUGGAGCGCCAAGCAAAACAUGCCGCGAGGACAGCAAAUGUCAUUAAAGGAAGCAUUCAGAAAUGGUUGACCGUUCCUCAUCUACCCGCCCAUUCAUGCAAUGAAAUCUGCUUCUAUGGCAGUUGCAUGGAUUUCUUUUUGUAAAGUUACAACAAAUUUUUACCAUAUUUUACUAUUAAUGAUGCAGAGAUAUAGUUAGACCCCAUAGAUCCAACUUUUUAAACAAAGUGGAAACAGCAGCACAAUUUUAAAAUGAAACCUUUUAUGAAUAAGCCCCAGUGCCUCUGCUGCUUCAAAAACAGUGCUAAAAAUAUAAAAUACUAUAACAUUGGUCUCUUUUUACAAUGUUGGUCUUGUUGUUGUUAAAAGGCUAUGAUGUAGUAUGGUAAUAGUUAUGGUCACUUGCGGUGGGUAGGGUAUAUUUACACUUGCAAAGUAUAGGUACUGAAAAUGUAUUUUGUUGGUAGCAAUGGCAUUGAAUCUU